AUGAUUAUAAAUCGCCCAGCUACCUUGUCUGAUAUCCCACAAGUUCGAGAUAUCAACCACUGGUACAUUGUUAACAGCUGUUCCACUUUUGCGACCACCCCACCACCGAUAUCCUACUAUGAGGACAUCCUUCGGGAUUUGAUGAGGCGAAACCUACCAUUUUAUGUGAUAGUGUCUGAUACACGGAAGACACCAGACGGAGCAGAUUUAAUUCUUGGCUACGCUUACUUGUCACCUUUCCGUGGUCAUUUGUUAUCAUAUGCACCGACCGUUGAACUGUCCAUCUUCAUGCGCCAGGACCAACAGCAAUAUGGCUAUGGAACGAUUAUUCUUAGAAGACUCUUGCGCCUGGUGCAGGAGGGCGAAGUUGAGCACCGCUGCGAGGAAAGAGUGGGCGAUAUUCCACGGAUCGGAUUUAGUAGCUCCAUGGGUGUUAUGAAAACUUCUCUCGUCCAGAAUGUCAUUGCGAUCAUACCAUAUGACACUGAGGCUCCAACUGACGGGGAGAGACUGAGGAAAUGGUACAUGAAAUGGGGAUUUCUCCAGAAGGGGCAAUUGGAGAACGUUGGGAGAAAGAUGGGUCAUUGGAUCGACACUGUCUAUCUUCAAUGGUCAAUUCCAGAGGAAACUCAAUAG